UGUGGGUCGGAUCGGACAGAGUACAUCAGUACAUGGAGUACUAGUCUGAAUAUGAGGCAUUGCAAGUCUGCCAACAGUGGACGUCUGUACAGUAUAACGUUAUUUACAGUUACUCAAGCUAUAUAUACUCAAGCGACUUUGUAAACUAUCCAGUUGCUUCAGUAACUUAUAUAUCUAUAUUACGUACCUGGGUGUCUAACCUUCAUCGACAUAUGUGUAGAUCUAAGUAUAUUUCAAACGUAUAGUCUAUCAAACGUCAGAUUUAACUGUUGCGUCAUGUAUUAGUAACGUUAUAGGUCUACAUUUGCGCUACGGAGGGCGAAAUCAUGUUGCUAAUACAUGAAUCUGUGACAUCCACAUUUUGUAACUGCACUUCGUCUCCGCCUAAGAAUUCUUUGUAUAGAGCAAGAAUAGCAGGUCUGGGAAUGUUUGUUAUAAAGACUUGCAUAAAAUGUCUUCCUUAUAAGUGUAAAACCUUUGACGUAAGCGAAACCUAGAGUUUACGGGUCAAAGGAAUAGGGUUUUCCCCGCUCUGUCAGCAUUUAAACAAUUUGCAAUGGCAGCGUUACCGAAACUGUUCUUGUAAUUAACAACGGGUAUGUAAAUGUAUGACUAUAGUUCUUUCUCUCUACUUCCAUAGGGUACUCAGGAAACUGCGAACGAUGCGUUGUGACCCCGACUAUAGCUAGUAACCUGGAACCCAGCCAGUUUAAUUUCAGGGCCAGUCUGUCGGCACCAGGACUAACAUGCUCCCGAGAAAACUUUGUGCCAGUCCCCUUAGGAAAACCCUCAGCUUCAAGCAGGCAAAAACCACCGAGGUGGAUUCAGUUGGCCAGGCGGAGUUGAAGCUUCACGUGACUGAGAAAAAUCAACAUGUAACCCUGAAUCCUACACAAAGGCUGGAGUGAAAUGACUGAAACGUAUUGCACCCUGUGCCGGGCGCCCUUUUCUGGUGCCCAGGCAGCGAAAGAACAUUUCGUAGGAAAGCGCCAUAUGAAGAAUCUGGAAAAACAGCGUAUGAUGUCUCCUUCGACGGAAACAUGGUCUACAACAAGAGAUGGGGUCAAAUCCAAAAUCUUAUCACAAUCUGAAGAACAUGAGGUUCAACUCACCGAAAACCAUAUCGCGAAUACCCACAGGGUGUCCAGAAUUUUCUGUGAAUUGUGCAAAGCACCAUUUUCUAGUGUCGUAGCCGCCGCACAGCACUAUGCAGGGAAGCGGCACAAAAAGAUGGUGGAGAAGCAAGAAAUAAUUUCUAACUUGACUGGAACGGGAAUGAUGGUCGCCCAAUCGGCAUUUAGUACCGAAACUGAUCAUUUGGCGCCUGUAGAGAAGACUGUCCCAACAACACAUGACCAACAGUCCUCAUAUGCCCAUGACUUCGACACAUGUAAUGUUGGAAGUCCAAAUUUCUAUGACGCCGACACAUGUGCUAUUGGAAGUCUGAAUGUCGAUGGCAUCAACAUAUAUGGUUUUGGAACUCCAAGCGCCCAUGACGUCGACGCAUAUGCUACUGGAGGUCCAAACGCCCAUAGCGUCAACACUUAUGCUAUUGGAGGUCCGAGCACCCAUGGCGUAGACACAAAUGUUAUCGGUUUUCCAAGUGUUGAUGGCGUCGACACAUAUGCUGUUGGGGGUCCAAGUGCUCAUGGCGUCGACACAUAUGCCAUUGGACCUCCAAGUACUCGAGCUCAUGGUGUCAACACAUAUGCUGUUGAAAGUCCAAGCUUGCAUAGCCUCGAUGCACAUGCUAAGGGAAAUCCAAGUGCCCAUGGCGUUGACACAUCUGCGACUGGAGACACCGACCAUUUCGAACCCAGCAGCUCUGUAGUCUCACAGUCAUUCGUCGAGGAAGAUGCUUACUUCUGUAGAACAUGUUCGAUGCCUCUCUCGGGCCCGGUUCCCGCAAAACAGCACUACUCAGGCCGAACGCACAGGAAAAGGUCGCAAGCAGUAAGUUGCUCGUCCCAACUUGCUAGUGUUCUGAAGAAAAAUGGCCAAGAUAACAUCAUAUCAAGCAGAAAACAAGUUGAACAGACUGCACAUGGCAACUAUGCCUUUCCUUCACAGAGUUUUCUAUCAGAGACAAGUUUCUGCUCCGUGUGCAAUGUUUCCCUGUCCGGCCCACAGCCAGCGAUGCAGCAUUACUCCGGCCGAGUACACAAACGGAAACUAGAAUUGCUGAGGAACGAAGAAUCGCCAACCAACCAACUGUCGAGGCAAACCCAUCCAGCACAUUCGAUUGAAUCUGAAGAGGAAGAUACGGCAGGGGUAAUGAGUAUUGAUGUACAGGAAGAGACAAAAAAGCGACACGAGGAGACCCAAGACACAUACGUUACUGGCACAAUAUUGCUCUUCUCAGCUAAAUUGGAAGAAAAAUGUUGUCUAGCAUCAAAACAUUCAACUGAUACAGGACUAAACCAAUCGGAACGGAGAUCGGCUUUAGAACAUCCAAUGGACCAAUCAAAACGGAGGUCGGCAUCAGGUGGUCAGAUAGACCAAUCAGAGUGGGUUUCAGCAUCAAGAGGUCAAAUGGACCAAUCAGAACAGAGAAGGACAUCACAAGAUCAAUCCUCUUCAUCAACAGUAACGUCAUCACCGGUUGUGUAUUGGCAAACGCCAGCUUCUUCUCAGGAAUGUCGUGUUCACUGCCGAUCUGUGUCUGAACUUACAUCCGAAUCACCUGUUCAAAAACUUCAGCCUCGUACAAAGAUGCUCUCUACUUCAAGAUUGGCGUGUAACUUUCAGACCGAGAUGGCACCUACAAAUAAAGUGGAGAGGAGAAACGAUUCUGCAACGUUGUGUGUAGGCCAAACGACGACUAACGAAACCCCUCACUUAAAGCCGUCCAUGGGCAGUACCCCCACGUGCACAGUCGGUCUACAGUCCGUGGCCGUUUCGCCGGUUGUAUCCGAGCAGUCACCGAUACCAGUGGCAGUGCAAAGCCUGUUAGUCGAGAAUGAAAAGUCUUGCGAGAAAACAUCUUUGAAGACGUCUCCCAUGCUUAACAACACAGCAGAGGGUUUCAAUUUAGAAGGGGAUACGACGACGGACGACAAACGCUUUGGACAUCAAAGGUCACAGAAAGAAAACACAUUAGUUUCUGGCACGGUAUCUGAUGAUUCCUUUAUCGGACUGGGUUUAAAUGUAUCGAUGAGUGAGCAAAUAGCUAAGAACUGUCAAGAGAUGGCGAGCGCCCGCAGGAAAAUAGAACAUUUCCUCAACAGUAGGCCGGCUUCUGAUGCACCAAGAGCGCCUCCUAGCGACCGUCAUUCUACAGCAACAACGGCAGAGAGAGAAGAGUCUCCUAAACAUGAACCGGCAGAGCUCUUAACGAACACAGUACCGCAUGAAGAGCAUUUCUUCUAUUGUGAUAUUUGUAAACUCUCAGUGUCGGGUCCUAAACCUCUCUCUGAUCAUAACAAUGGCGCAAAGCAUAAAAAGAAAUUAAAAAUGCUAGGACUUCUAAACCCCGAAAGUACAUGUACAGCGUCUAACUCCUCUGCAGUUAAUUGCACCGGGUCUGUAGCAAUGGGUUGUUGCAAUAUACCAGCACCACUUGAUAGUAUGACUUCAGUAGACAACCAAAUGCACAGUAGGGACUUAGAUACGUGUACCAAGAUGAGUCCACGUAGUACGUUUUCAUCGAUGGACUAUAUGAAGCAACUGUCCGAACAUAUUGCGAGAACUGCAGAAGAGAAAGAGGAAUUGUUGUCUGAGUAACUGCGGGCGAAGUCCAAGGCUAACAAACAAAGACACAGUCCGACAACAAUCCCUCCGUUUUCAAGAAGGUAAAAAUACAAAAAGGGGGUUCUUAAUUCCAUUUUUGUUAAACUUUUGCUUGAUGUUGACCUUU